AUGCACAAGGUGGGCUUGGCCUCAAUUAUUUCAACAAUGAAGUGGUAUGGUAUUGACUAUGGCCUCGGUCAAAAGGAAGACAGCGAAAAUCGUAAGUAUCGUCAUCUCGAAGCCAGUGUUGUGCAAAAAGUCGACUGUCCAGCCGUAGGAAUCCACGACGAAACGGUACUCAGACCGAAGCUGAAGCCAAAACGUACUGGGGAGUCCUCUUCUGUCAUAAAAAACUACAACGACGAUCCAGCUAACACUUCCAAACUCCCGAAUGAGGAAUUCAAAUCGGUGUUCGAACAGCAAAAUGCAUCAAUUAACUCUGAUCUGCCUUCUAUUAAAACACAAGAUUUUGAGAGCGAUUACAAACUCAGGCUUCUGCGUGAAGAUGCUGCCUACGAAGCACCAAUUGCGCUCGUGGAUGACCUCAAACAAGGCUGGAGACCCACACACCUCAGGCCACCCAUAUCCAUCCGAAGAAUAUAA